AUGGAUGAUUUGGAUAUGCAUGACAUCGAAAACAAUCAUCUCGAUGAAGAAAAUCAUCAGUUCGGUUCUACUGAUUCAGAGAGUCUUCAUAACGAGGAAAAUCAAUCGGAAACCCAAGGUAUGAAUGACAUCGAAAAUGAUCAUUACGAUGAAGAAAAUCAUCAAUUCAGCUAUGUUCAAAGUGACAAUGUUGCAGCACAAUAUGGCUCUUGCAAACAAUUCAUUGGAGCUGAUGGUUCUUUAUUUUGGAUUCCAGAGGUUGAAGCUAGUUGGAUGCCUACUUUGGGUUCAAUUUUUAAAGAUAUCAAAGAUGCUAUUAAGUGGUAUAAAGGAUAUGCAUUAAGAUCUGGUUUUGAUAUUAGAAAAUCAACAGAGAGGAAAAAGAGUGGAAUCACAACUUCGAAAUAUUUUAUAUACAAUAGAGGGGGAUUGCCAAACACUUCUACCUUAGACAUAAUUAGUGAUGAUCAUAACAAGAAAUUGAGAAAUAGUAAUUGUAAACACACAAAUUGCAAAGCUUUUGUUGCAUUCAAAGUUAUACCACAUUCUUCAGAAGUUUACCUAUGGUGCUUUGAACAACAACACAACCACAGAUUGAUCAAUCAAGAUUGUAUGCAUCUUUCAAGAGCUAAACGUCAGUUGAAUGUUGUUGAUCAAGCUUUUAUACAUAAGCUUUCGAGUGCAAAGGUGGGGGCAACUACAACAUAUAGGCUAAUGUGCGUUAUAAAAGGAGGAUGUGAAUUUGUUGAUGGACUAGAGAUAGAUUGGAAAAUUUUUACAAGGGAUAUAAAUUGUCACAUCGGGGGCACUGAUGCAAAUUUGUUGAUUACAAAGCUUCAGAAUCGUAAAGAGAAUGUUAUAAAUUUUACAUACGAAUACAGAUGUGACAAGAAGCAGUUAAAUGCUCUCUUUUGGGUUGAUGACACUUUAAAACAAAACUUUGAGUUAUUUGGGGACGUUGUUUCGUUUGACGCAACAUAUCGUACAAACAGGUAUUGUAUGGUAUUGGUACCUUUUACUGGCAUUUAUAAUCACAAAAGGUGCGUCACUUUUGGAGCUGGUUUGUUGUGUAGAGAAGAUACAAAUUCCUAUAUUUGGUUACUUCGGUCAUUCUUGAAGUGUUUUGGAAAAGCAUCAAUCAUGGUCGUGACCGAUCACGAUCCAACAAUGAAAAAAGCUAUUGAGAUACUGCAAGACAAUAAAUGGAUGAAAGAUAUGUUUGAUUUGAGAAGCAGUUGGAUUCCAGCCUAUUUUAAAGAUGUACCGAUGUCAGGUCUAAUGAGAACAACUUCUCGGUCGGAAAGUGAGAAUUCAGCAUUCAAUAGGGUAUCGCAUCAUGGUUAUACGUUAAACAAUUUCAUGAAUGCUUUUGAGUCUGUUAUGGAAAGGCAAAGGAAUAAUCAGAUCAAAUUUGAUUUUGAUACAUCUACUAUAAUUCCAAUCAUCAAAACACCUCUUGAAGAUAUGGAGAAACAUGCAUCUAUGGUAUACACCAGGACUAUUUUUCUCAUGGUGCAGAGGGAGAUUCGUCAUUCACUUGUUUCUUAUUCACAGAAGAGUGUUACAUCAGGCGUUGUUUCUGACAUAUGCAUUGUCAAACAUAAAAGGACAAAUAUAUCAAAGAAGAAGGUAGUAGUUGAGAAAAAAGAAAAAGUUGACAUCGAUUCUGAGGUUGAAUUCAACAGAGAAGAUCUAACAGUGAAAUGUUCAUGCAUGCUUUUUGAGCGGUUUGGAAUUUUUUGUAGACACAUAUUCUGUAUUCUAAAGAUUUAUGACAUACAAGAGAUUCCGUCAAGAUACAUUCUUAAGAGAUGGAGAAGAGAUAUUAUCCCCACCACAGUUUUGAAAAGGACGUUUAGAUAUGGUGAUUCGUCUGGAAAUGUUGAGAAGGUUGCAUACAAAGCUUUUUCCAUGCUUGAUCAAUGCUUGUCUUCAUUAAGUAAUGAUGACAAGAAGUUAGAAGAUUUCAUGCAGAAGCUUGAAGUUUUUAUGACUGAUAUUGGUGAACAAGGUUCAGACAAAUUACCGGUUACAAAAGAAGCUCAUAUUGAUAAACUUUACGGAGCUACUACGAAUCCUGAAGUUGUUGAUGUUGAAAAUCCACCUAUGGUGAAGAAUAAAGGUUCUGGUACAGGAAAAUGA